GCUCGAGGAGAUUCCAGCAGAGUGUCAAUUCGCCAACAGAGGUCAAGAUGGCGCCUUGGGAGGAAUUUGACUCUAUAUUUCACUUCAAUAAAGACUUCAGCUACGAUGGCAAGCUCUUCGAACAGAUCAUUUCCAAUCGCCGCGCGCUAGAGGACCGGCUUUUCGCAGACAGGCUUUUGGGGUUGCUCGGCGUCAAAGCAGUGACGCGACUAUAUCCUCCGCGCUCCAAUGCUGAUCUGCGCACACUCAUCGGACAUAUUGUCUCUUCUCCACUCGACAUUCAUCACAAGCAGUCAUUGAUAUACUACAUUCUCAAAGACUGCCGCGGCACCAAUAACGAUGCGGCUACUCAGUUUUCACGCCGGUGUCACUUGCCGGAGAAGUACAGACUGUUCAUAGAUGGACUCUGGAACCUGGACAGACUGGAUUUCAGACGAGCUGUCGAAUACCUGACCGAGCCCUCCAUCAUCCCCACGUUUCCCGACGAGAUCCUCUACGUCUUGACCCUCCCACACCUCCCCAGACACGAUGAUAAUCUCGUCAUGGCAUACUACCUCACCGUGACCCCGCCACUGGCAUCCGAGAAGGUGCAAAAGGCUUUCUUCCAGACCAUGUGCCGCGCAAGCAUCACCGAAGCGUUCUACUUCACGCGCAAGCACGACGAAGAACUCCGUCAAAGUUACCUGGAGAAGCUCAUCGAAUACGUCCUGUCAAGCGAGGCCGGUCCCGCGCGCAGUGCGAGGGCGAUGGAACUGAUCGGACUCCCAUUCGAUGAGCAGGAGGAACAAUGGUUCGAGGAGUCUCUACUCCGUGGAAACGCCCGGGGUCUCCACGGCCACAAGGAUACGGUCAUGAUGCGACGCCUAGCAACAGGGAGAUUGGGCAGCCUGUCCACCGACCUUGAGUCAUUGGGCGGAGAGAAGGUUGAUGGGCUGAACUGGGACGUUCUGCGGCAAAGCCUGGCCCAUUCAAAACUCGUGUCGUCGACCGGUGGUGCCAAGCAAUAGUCUUGAGGUGCAGCGUCGUGCUGGCUAUGAUCCGUUUCGGCACUAAUUUCAUGGGGAUUUACUCGGUGAAUAGGAGUUUACAUGGGGAUUGAUGUAAUUUUAUGAUGCAUUGCUAUGUGUAUUAGAGGCCAUGGUUGCUGUCUUGUGUUGCCGCCC